CCAAAGGAAGCUGCUCUGUAAGUCUAGAUACUGCGAUAGUCCAUUUGAUUCUCGUUGUUGUUUUCUAUAAUUUCUCGUCGGUCUGAAAAAAGUCUGUGGAUUCUCGCAAUGCCUUCAUCCAGCUUCACAACUUUAGCCCUGGCUAGCGCCUUGACAUACCUUUAUACGUACAGCUCGCAAGCGUCGCUAUCAAUCACCAAUGCAGUGCUUUUGACGUGCAGUAUAUUCCUUCUACUCUAUCUCAUCUGGUCGUUGUUCUUGAGACCUGUCUACUUCAGUCCACUGCGCAAUCUCCCUGGUCCAGCGAGAAAGAGUUGGAAGCAUUUCUUCAAGAUAUAUAAUCCAAACGAAGUCCUCGAGUUCGUGGACACGGUUCCCAAUAAUGGUAUCAUACGAUAUCUGGAUAUCCUCAAUUCUGAGAUGAUCUCAAUCACUGAUCCUAAGCUUGUGGCGGAGAUGCUUGGACCAAGAGCAGAUCACCUGAAUAAGCGUCCCAAGAUCAAAGUCAUAAUGGAAAGCAUCUUAGGGAAUGGCUUGGUUGUUGCAGAGGGCAAAGACCACAAGUACCAAAGAAAACAUUUAUUACCAGCUUUCAAUCAUAAGGUCAUCAAAAAUCUGUAUCCGACAUUCUGGUCGAAGGCGACCGAGAUGACUAGUCUCAUGACGGAGCAAAUUCAAUCAAGUUCCCCCAAGGAUCUAUCAAUGGUGGUCGACUUCGAUGACUGGGCUGGUAGAGUUUCUUUGGACAUCAUUGGCCUCGCUGGAUUUGGCUCUGCGUUCCAUGCCCUUUCAAGUCCGGAGACCGAUCUUAACACUGCAUAUCGUGCUGCGUUCCUCCCAAACAAGAAUUCCCGGAUGUUCUUUAUCUUGUCCCUGCUUACCCACCCCACUUUGGUUUAUAUGUUACCAAUCGAGCACUCAAAGCGCUUACGAGAAGGUGUUAAUGCUGUGACGAGAUGGAUCAGAGGGUUUAUUGCCAAGCGUCAGCACGACAAGCCAGAAAAAACUGAAGGUUCCACGUUUGUGCAUCAAGAUAUCAUCUCUGCAGCGAUGGAAGGCGGUGCUUUUGGCGUCGAGAACUUGGUUGAUCAAUCCAAGACGUUGCUUGGUGCCGGCCAUGAAACUUCAGCGACGGCCGUGACGUGGGGUAUCUAUCUUCUUUCUCAACCUCGCUAUGCACACAUCCAGAACCGCCUCCGCCAAGAGGUUCGUGAAUAUCUUCCAAGCCCAAGCUCAGGGAUCGAAGUCACCGAGGACAUGCUAGAAAAACUUCCUUACCUCGAUGCCGUUAGCAAGGAAAUCCUGCGUGUAUAUGCUCCUGUACCGCUAUUAGGUAGAAUUGUACAUUCACCCAUGGAAAUUGGUGGAGUAACAUUCCCAAAAGGAACCGUGUUACUGGUUCAUAUGUGGGCUAUCAACAAGUCGAAGAAGCUUUGGGGAGAAGAUGCCCACGAGUUCAAUCCAGACCGGUGGUUGAAAGACAAGGUAAAUGGUGGCGCUACAGAGAAUGGAUUUCUUUCUUUCGGCGCGGGCACAAGGAGUUGCAUAGGUAGAGGAUUUGCCAUAGCCGAGAACAAAGCGCUUCUAGCUCAACUUAUUGGUAGCUUUGACAUCAAACCUCCACAUGGCGAGACGGAAGACUUAGACAUAUCGUGGGGUAUUACUGCCCGCAUAGUUGGCGGACUUCAUAUGAAGACAUCCGUUCUGGAGGGUUGGUAAUGGUAUGCUGUGUUCAUCCGAUUUUGUUUGCUUGGGGGGAGCUGGGAAGCCAAACGAAUGGAUACCGUUCCGUCUCAUACGAUUUGUUGAGUCCAUC